UGUUGUCAGAGGCUUGAGGACAACACCAGACACCCUCUGUCUGAGGCAGAACACCCCGGACCCACCUAGAAAUGCCAGUCAGGAAGGGGCAGAAUGGUGGAGCACACUGCCCCCUCGAGGUCAGGAGCUCCUCUCCUGCCACUAGGCUCAGCUCCUUGUCCCAGGAUGUUAGUUCAGGAGGAUCCUAGAACCUGGGGGUUCCCAGAAGACCCAGGGUGAGCCCAUCAGGCCACCAGCACCGAGCCAUCCAGGAGCCCCCAGCCUCAGCCUCUCCCCACCCCCAGGCUGCGCUGAGGCAGCCCUUUCUUCAGACCUGGGCCUGUUGGGUCCACAGCACUCUCCCUGCCGGAUGUUAAUCCUGCAAAGAAAGUCAAACAUUAGCCUGGGAAGCAGCUUAUGCCUUAUAUAAGCCCCCCUGGGGAGGCCCAAACACAGCUUUGUUGGAGCCAAGCAGUCCAACCCAGCAGCUGCCGGACCCUACCUAGGACAGAGCAAGGGCUCCAGUGACGGUUCCACCAUUCCACCAGAGAAGACCAGCCACCAGCCAGAUCCCCCUGCAGCUCCAGCUCCUCCCUCGUGGCGCCAUGACCUUCUCAGACCUCCUGGAGCGAGUGGGCAGCAUGGGCCGCUUCCAGUACCUGCACGUAGCCCUGCUCGCCUUCCCGAUUCUUGGCAUGGCCAACCACAACCUGCUGCAGAUCUUCACAGCCACCACCCCUGCUCACCACUGCCGCCCACCCCCCAACGCCUCUGAGGAGACCUGGAUGCCCCUCCUGGACCCCAGUGGGAAGCCUGAGAAGUGCCUCCGCUUGGCACACAAGCCCAACAGCAGCAUGCCCAACACCACCCAGGUGGCCACUGAGCCCUGCCUGGAUGGCUGGGUCUACAAUACCACCAGGGACACCAUUGUGACAGAGUGGGACCUGGUGUGCGGCUCCGCCAAGCUCAAGGAGAUGGCACAGUCGAUCUUCAUGGCAGGCAUCCUGAUUGGGGGCCUGACGCUGGGGAAGAUAUCUGACAGGUUUGGCCGCAAGCCCGUCCUGACCCUCAGCUUCCUCCUGCUGGCCACUUCUGGCUCAAGCACAGCCUUCAGCCCCAGCCUUCCAGUCUACCUGGUCUUCCGCUUCCUGUGUGGCUUCAGCAUCUCAGGUGUCACCCUGAGCACCGUCAUUCUGAAUGUAGAGUGGGUGCCCACCUCUAUGCGGGCCAUCUCAUCCACAACGAUUGGCUACUUCUACACCGCUGGCCAGUUCCUCCUGCCUGGCCUGGCCUAUGCCAUCCCCCAGUGGCGCUGGCUGCAGCUGACCGUGUCUGUGCCCUACUUCGUCUUCUCCCUGCUGACCUGGUGGGUUCCGGAGUCCAUCCGCUGGUUGGUGCUCUCUGGAAAGUUCUCAAAGGCUCUGCAGACACUGCGGCGCGUGGCCACCUUCAAUGGCAAGAAGGAAGAAGGGGAAAAGCUCAGCAUAGAGGAGUUGAAGCUCAGCCUGCAGAAGGACAUCGCCUUGGCCAAGGCCAAGUACAACAUCCUGGACCUGUUCCGGAACCCCACCCUGUGCCGCAUUACUGUCUGUCUCUCGCUGAGCUGGUUUUCUACUGGCUUUGCCUACUACAGUCUGGCCAUGGGCGUGGAAGAGUUUGGGGUGGACAUUUACAUCCUCCAGAUCAUUUUUGGGGGAGUGGACAUCCCCUCCAAGUUCAUCACCAUCCUCUCCGUGAGCUACCUAGGCCGGCACAUCACCCAGGCCUCCACCCUGCUCCUGGCAGGCGGGACUAUUCUGUCUCUGCUGGUGACACCCAAGGACAUGUACAUCCUGAGGACAGCGCUGGCUGUGUUUGGGAAGGGAUGCCUGUCAAGCUCCUUCAGCUGCCUCUUCCUCUAUACCAGCGAGCUUUACCCAACAGUCAUUCGGCAGACUGGCCUGGGCAUCAGCAACAUGUGGGCCCGUGUGGGAAGCAUGAUGGCCCCUCUGGUAAAGAUCACGGGCGAGGUGCAGCCUUUCAUCCCCAACAUUGUGUAUGGGACCAUGGCACUCCUGGGGGGCAGCGCUGCCUUCUUCCUUCCUGAGACCCUCAAUCGCCCUUUGCCAGAGAACUUUGAGGAUCUACAGAAGUGGUGCAAACCAGCAAAGGAGACAAAGCUGGAGCUGGAAGCAGAGAAGGAAGCCCAGAAGACACCUCUGAAAUCAUGCACAGAGGGCCUGGGCCCCAGCUGAGGGAGGAGCCCACCUGGCCCCCCACACCGACCCAGCAAGGGCCUGCCUGCCAUGGGCCCUGCAAAGGGGCCUGGAGGAGAGGGUCUGCACACCACACACAGCCUUCUGAGGGUGCAGUGAGACCACCCACCUCCUCUUCCAGGGCCUCAGCUACUGCCAACCCAGCCUCCCACCUGCCCUGGCCCUGCUGUCCCUUGGGCCCGCCUCUUCCCCAAGGUUCAUGGUCCAGCCCUAACAGACAGCAUCCACUUCUUGCCCUUAAACCUUCUUUUAGAUGGGAAAUUUCAAUAAAUGGCAAUAAGGACUCAG